AGUUCUUGUCCAUGUCCAACUUUUUAUGCGACUCAAAAUGUCAUUGAAGCUGAAGCUAUUAAACAUUUGGAAGUUUAUACGAAAAAAAUGAGGGUGCAAAUGGAAAAAGGGAGAAAACAUUCACAUAGAUUUGAACUAAAUGAUUUGGUUCAGAUUCGAAUUCAUGAAGUUGAUUAUUCUGGAUGCCAGUAUGGAAGGUUGAAUAAAUAUUAUUCAGCCAUUGAAUUGGUUUCUGUUACUGGAACUUUUAAAGAAUACCCUAAGCUUGCAGUUAUUCCUGAUAUUUGUGUAAGUACCUGUGAAGCUGCUAUCCAACAAAGCUCCGGGUCUAUAAUUGCUAUGAAAUAUCUUUGCAAAGGGAAUUGUUUGAAAAAUCAUUGCAAAUGUAAAAAGGCAGGUGCAACUUGUACUUGUUGCCAUCCAAAUAAUGUUUAUUGUCAAAAUAAUUAG